AUGGACAAUAUAAAUUCAAAAAGAGGUUUUACUAGUGACCUUGUAGUUUCCAAGCAGGAGAAUCAACACUUAAGGACUCACAAUGAAGAGGCGGAAAAGUCACAUGAGGAUAAAAUUAACUGCCUUCAGCGUGAAAAUCAUUUUUUGCGUCAGCAUAUCUCAAAAAUUCAGAAAGAGCACUCCGAGUUCCUCAUUCACAAUACUCACACCUCCAUCAGCAAGGAUCAUGAGACUGCUCUAAGGUCGAAGGUUGCUUCUCUGCAAAAUAUGCUUGAGCGGGAAAAGCGGCACCGUGUGGCGAGGGAAAGUAAACUACAGGGUGUGAUUAGGCAGCUGCGUCUUACCUUGGAUAGACAGUUGGUAAAGGUGGAUUCUGUAAUCCCUCAGGCGGCCCCAUCUUCACCACUGAUUCGGAGCCAUAGCGAACGCAUCCAAGAUUGGUCAGCAAUGGUUGAACAAUCAGCUGAUACACCCCUUGACGAUGUCAUAGGUAAGCCUUUUGAAGCGAAGCCGAUACGCUCAUCAUUGUCAAGCCUGAAAAGUAUUCAAAUAUCAAGCGAUAGGGCAAGUCAUAACCACAGAAUUGUGUUUGAGUCUUUUCGAAGGGGAACCAUCGAUGAUGACAAUGUCGAUUCAUUGAUCCCUGAGGGAGGGGUUGAUACAGAACAGGACACGCGAGAGGAUAGGGGUAUUUUCAUAGACCCAGCCGAACCCUCUGAGUUUUUUAAUAGUUCUAUCGAACCCUCCGAUCAAGCUGGGGUCCGAAGCUCUGGUAGUGCGAAACGGUUGGGAUCCCCGUCGUAUGGGGUCAGGGACGCUUAUAGGGUGAUGUGCUGGACGUCCAACCGCCACGAUGAACAGCAAAGGCGAUUGAGGCAACUCGCCGGCUCCCAACGCGACUCUAAUCUUCAGGAGCAAACCAGCGAGACGAGCGACGUCGACGAGGCCGAGGCCCCCAACCGCAUGCCUCGUUCUUUCACAUCACCAGAGACCAAUAGGAGGUUUGAGGUGCCCCUCUCGCCCUACGGGGCCAGGCCCUUCAUCUCAGCUGUAAAUUCGUUCACUGGCUAUUCGCACAAUCAAGGCGCCACGCCGUCGGACCCACAGAAGAACCCCAACCAAAUUGGGAUCGAAAUCCUGGAUGAGAAAAAUCGCACCUGGUACACCAAACAAGUCUUGAGCAUGGCGCUUCUCGGCGCGAUUCCCCCUGAACGAGAGGACCGCUUCGGCGCGAACUUGGACGGCUCUACGACAUCGAUAGAGGUGAGGGAGAGCAACCUCGGUGGCCUUCAUCCACCGCUUCGUCGGGCGGUAAGGCGGUUUAAUCGAGCCGCAGCUCCUGGUCUAAACCCAAACAAUAACAAACCCUCUCUAGUGAAGUCCCCGGAAACGGAUGUGUCGUGCUUCCUAUUGCGCUCGGAUUCCCCUAUCGACUCUAGCUUAUCUUCAGAUGGUUCCGAUGCUUUCUCGUCCAUGCUCAAAUCCACAAUGCCCAUAACAAAAGAGGAGAACGUGACGGCAUGUCAAGAGAAAAAAGCGGGCACUGGUGGAGGGAUGCCCAUGGAGAACGCCUCUGGAGGAGCGACUGGCCGGACCACCGCAUCCACCAAGAUGCCACUUCUCUACAAGGACGUUAAUCCGCAAGCCAUUCAGCGGGCGAUAGAGGAGACGCUGUUUUUUCACUUUCACUGCGCCGAUAAUGCCCCUGUAAUGACCCCUGGCAUGAGGUUGCCAAUCAAAAAAUCCCCACUGCGCGCCUUUGCGCAGGACAACAACACCGAUCCCAACCUCCUAGACAGCUUCUCGCCAUUUCAUAAAUUUUCGGGCGUAGAAAAUUUAUCGGACGAAAUGAAUUUAGUCGCACCAGGGACAUGUAAAUAUCGAGAUGACGAAGUGUAUAUCUACUACCAUGCACCCGUUAUCUUUAGCCAAAUCCGAAGCUUCUUGGGCUUGAAUUCCAGUGUCUUGCGCUCUGCUCUAAAGAACUCAACGUGGCGGCAGAGUACAAGUCCCGGCAAGAGUGGAACAAUGCUUUUCUUCUUUGGUGAUUUUGUCAUCAAGACGAUUCGAAAGUAUGAGUUUACCUUCUUUUGUCAGCGUUUCCUUCCAGACUAUGUGCAGUAUUGUGAGCGCACCCCCCAUACGCUCCUACCUCGUUUCUUUGCUCUUCUAACGAUGAAGUGGCCCAAACUCGGGGUCACGCAGCGGAUGAUUUUAAUGCAGAACGUCUUUAAAACACGCUAUUAUAUUCACCGUUUGUAUGAUGUGAAAGGAAGCACCGUUGGGCGAACGGCACUGCAGCCUGGAAAGGAGUCCACCCGUACCGCCUAUGGGGCCCUGCUCCUGAAGGAUAACGAUCUACCCGAGCAACUUAUUAUUUGCGGACCGCAUCAGCGCGACAUUCUCACCUCGCAGCUCCGCAAGGAUGUCAGCUUUUUGAGGUCUCUCAACAUUGUCGACUACAGCUGCAUGAUUGGUGUUCGCGGCCGCUUCUUUCCAAAAGAGAAAAGCCCUUCCAAGAUAGCUAUGAAGCGCUGCAAAAAUCCAGCGGCCUGCGUGCCUACGACCUCGCUGACUGAGAGCAUCACCACCGAGGUUCAGGCCACCGGAGACGGUAUGAACGGUUAUGGAAACUUCCCUUUGGAGCUAUCGUCGGGAGCUCGAUUUUAUAACCACCAACGCGAGAUGAUGAAUGGAGUCAAAGUCUCUUAUGUAGAUAACAGUUUGAGUGUUUGCCCUCACGGUUGUGAUGGAGGUUUGCUUUCCUUGCCGAUCUGCGUCCCGGGUGACGAUGCUCUAAUGCGCGAGGAGGUCUAUUAUAUUGGACUAAUUGACGUCUUGCAGGAGUAUAACUCAACAAAGAUGCUCGAAAAUUUCGCUAAAGGGUUCGUAAAUGACCGCACACAACUUAGCGCGGUGCCUCCAAAAGAGUAUGCCGAGCGCUUAUGUCGUGUGAUUGAGCGAAUAACCGUGUAG